UCACCUUAUGAGUGCACCCUGCAGCAGAUAAAGAAUAACUUUUUCUAAAUAUUUUUCAAGUAAUUAAAGUUUUUCCUGCAAACUCGAACAUUUCUAAUGGGAUAAAUCCAUUUCCAAGCUAUGGCUUAUAUCAACGUAGCUGAAUGGUCUCCGGACCAAGUAACCGAUUGGAUAAAAGGUUUGGAUGAUUCCAUGUACAAUUAUGUUUACUCGUUCAUUAAUAAUGGAGUUGGUGGUCAUCAAUUGCUUAAUAUCAGACCAUAUGAAUUGGAACAGUUGGGCAUGCAUUCCAUUGGUCAUCAGGAGAUUGUAUUGGAAGCUGUAGAAAAUCUGAGAAAUUUUCACUACAAUUUGGACAAAGAGAACCUACAAUUUAUGGCUUUACAUGUUGCAACAGCGGCUCGAAGUUUACACAGAUUACUAGCUCUGAAAAGUGGUUCAUCUAUGAUAGAAACACAGAUUCUAAAUGAUAUUACGAGAACGAUAGCUAAAAUAAAGCCAUUAAUUGGAUGGUUAGAUCGAUCACCCUUUCAGGGUCAGUUCCAGUUCACUGAAAUAUGUCGCAAAAUGUUGAGACUAGGUCUUGAAAUGGCAACAAUCGCCCAAAGAGAACGAUUUGUUGAAAAUCCUGUUGAACAAAUACGCACAACUGCAGUGACGUUAGAGCGCUUAGCUGAUUACAUUAUACAAGAUAUUACAGACCCAAUGCUGUUGCAACCUGCAUCCUUGAAUUUAGUUACACUUAAGAAACGAGAGUCGGAACUUGGAUUUAAUAUUGAAACAAGCUAUCAUGGUAUUCAUCGUGUGACUGACAUCAAGCACAACUCUCCAGCCCAUAAUUCGGGAAAAAUUGAAGAUGGCGAUGAAAUUGUACAAAUUAAUUACCAAACAAUUGUUGGAUGGCAAUACAAAACGGUCCACUUACAGUUAAGAGAAUCUUUACCAGACGUACUCUUGACAUUGAAAAAGCGUCCAAAGCACACAAAAAUUUAUGGACAGAUUUAUAUGCAGCCAUAUCGUUUGCCAAGCAAAAAGAGAAACGUGGGAUCCCGUUGGGGAGAAAACGUACCAAGCCCGAGGCCUGGUUUCUUAUCAGUACCGGAAAAUACUUUCAAACUUCCACUUUUGUUAAAUGCGGACAAUGAAAAAGCAGAUGACGGAGACACAGACUCCAUAUGCAGUGAUAUAUUGACUCCGACAGACGCAAAAGUUGUGGAAAAGGAAAGCAGACUAUACUAUCCAAAACCAAGAACAAUGCUUCAACGACGUAACACCAUUUGUGGCGAUGAAUUAUUGGGACAUAAAAAUGUGGUGGGAAUUCCACUCUGGCAUGACCCCAAGGCCGGAUCUAGUGGUGAUCCUUCUUCGCCAAGUCUACGCGACAAGUCCGUAUCCUUUGGGUUUGGUUUGGAAAUCACACCACGUCCUACCACUUGUAUUGGUAUUGGUACUAGUGGUGGUGGUAAUGCGAAAUUCGCCAGUGAUGUUAAAUCUGGGGUUACGCAAUUCAGUGACUCCAUUAAGUUACGUCAAGUUGUUGAACAACCAAAUGAAGAACAAGAAGCUACUUCUAAACCAGGUGUUUGUAAAGUUGUUCGCUUCGAUGCUAAUAUGAAAGUCGAAGAUUAUCCAAUUGAUGAAAAAUAUACGUGUAAUGUCCAAAAUACAAUACUCGAAACUUUUGAGCCCAUACCUUUUGCCGAUGAAGAGGACGAGGAGUAUAAUCCUCAGGCAAUACAAAAUAUAUCGACUAAGAAGGACCAAAACACAGAAGAUAAGGAUAACAUUUUAACAUCAAGCAAUAAUGCACCACUAGUCGAAACAGUUAAUGUGCCUAUUGUUGUCAGACGAGGCAGACUAGAUAAGAGUCACAGUACGCCUGCUUACGACAAUUCUGGCGAAGAGUCAGACACGCCUCCUGCAAUAGAACCUCGCAAAGAUUUUCUAUUGAUAACACCACCCGUACCACCGCCCCGCCCAAGAAAACAAGGCGAUCCAGCUGCUGUUCCAGUACCGCCACCAAAACCUCCUGGAUUACUUGCAGCAAUUACAGCUGCAGCAGCUUCAAAUAACGCAAAUGUUUCAUCAUCAGCACAAGCAUCAAACUUUAGUUUGCCCGUACACACACCGCCGAUUAACAACAUUGAGGAAGAUACAAAGUCGUUUGUUUCCAGUACAAGCACAUUAUCAUUGUCCGCACCACAGGAUGCUGCAAACGAAGUGAGUGGAGAACUGCAUACUCCUACAAAAGCGCGAUCAUUAACUUUAAAAAAGAAACAUAGUCUUAUCAGUAAAAGGAGAAAUGUUAAUCUAAAAAUGCUUGGUACUGGCGAUAUUCAAGGCUUUUUAUAUCGUCGGACAAAAGACAAACGGGGCGUUACAUUUUGGGCACGUUUAUAUUUCGUGAUGCUUGAUACGAUUCUCUAUGGGUUUCGUUCAAAAGACGCAGUGAAAGCUAGCUGUGUUAUAUUUUUACCGGGAUUUACUGUAUCCCUGGCUAAGGAAGUGCAUUCAAAGCCGCAUGCUUUUAAGGUGUAUCACUCGGCAAAAACAUUCUAUUUUGCCGCAGAAUCACUGGACGCUCUUAAUCAAUGGGUUGAAUUCAUAAGACAAUCAACACUGAGUAUGGGUGUUCCUGGAGCAGGAAACUCGGUUUCAUUAAACGAAAUUAGUACGAAAGAACUGUUUUCCGAGAACGAAAGUUCUGGUGAGGAAAAUGAAUCGACAGUAACAAAAAACCUUUGCACUCCUUCUCCUCAAAGCUCUAGAGAGGUUCAACAAGUAUUAAGCGUUUCCAAAGCUUCUUCAACAACGCCUACUUCGACAAAAAGUGACAGGCGCUAUUUGGGAUCAUUAAGAAAACUUACAAAAGGAUCGUUGCCCUUCAAAAGUUCCAAUGCAAGCGAUAAGAAGCAAUCGAACGAUAUUCCGGUGCCUACCGAACAAUUUCGCUCAUAUCGUAAGGUUCCAGGAGGCAGUUUUGGUAUUCAAAUUGGAGCAAAUACUCCAGGGUAUCAUGAUACUUCCUUGCAUCCAUUCAAUUCUGCACAAAAAACUAUUUCUGAAGAUACACAAAGCCAGCGCAACUCCCCGCAAACAAAACCUCUGAGUUGUUCAAAUAUUGUAGCUCCAUCGGAAAUAGUUAUAUCUCCUCCACAACCACUACCAACAACACCGCAGCAAUAUAGCAAUCGACGAUUAAUGCACUCGAGCAGUCGGAGCUCAAUAGUUAGCAAUUCUGAUUCCACAACAUUGGGAUUGGCACCGCCAUCUACGCCAGCACCUGUUCCAGAUAUACCCUUAAGGGUUUCAACACCACCCUCAACGCCAUCUGCUUCAACUGCCGCAUUUCAUUAUGUACCUCCUUCGCCAGAAAAUGAUGAAAAUUCGACCACACAACAAAAUCUAAUAAGUCCGUGCAAGAGCAUUAAGAAAAUUCCCUACAAUUACAUACAUGCAUCUAAUCCCAACUUGGUAGAAUUUGACUUUCAAACUUCUAGAACUCUCGACUACAAUUUACCAAAAAUAAACUCGAGCAAUGCAUGGGAAGCACUUCCCAAUAUACAAGGCUUUGUGACACUAAAGGACUUAAUGUUACAAAAACAGGAAGAGGAGGCUCAAGAAAUGUACAAUAACCGUGUGCUAUUGGGUGUCGAGAAGAAGGAAGAACACAGACGUCAAGCUGCAUACAAACAAGCAACACAAUCUAGGCAAUUAGUAGACUCCAAUCAACGCUCAACCAACACAGCUGGUGACGCAAAGGUCUCAAAGACGCAAAGCCGUAGUCUACCAAAACCACCAGAUUAUGAAAUUAGUUUUAAGCCAGAUGAUGAAGACAUACAACUAACACGUACCAAGGAAGGCCUUAAGCUAAGGGACUUCGGUUAUGAAUUAAUAUCUGGUGAUGAACCUUUAGGCGGUAGCUGUAGCGGCACCAUAUCUUCAUAUUCUAAAAAUCGUUUAUCAACCUCUCGUCAGUUUUCCAAUCACUCAACGAGCAGUGCCGAACAUUUGGAAGCAACUAGCAGCAGUCACGGAAGUAACUGGGCAUCCGCUAUGAAAUCGCGCCCAUUUUUGUUAACUUCAAAUAAAAAUAAGAAACAUUCAACUAGCAGCAGCUGCUCUGCAGCUGAUUAUGCUGCAAAUGGUUCGGAAAGACGACUCGGGAGUUUUAAGAAAAAGGGCAAAUUAGAGUCCUUUAAAACAUCGAGUGAAAGAAUUUUCCAAUUUGGCAAACACUCAACCAGUAACACUGCAGGAAUUACAAUGACUUUACCACUAAACAAAAAAUCAAGCCAUCAUAAUGUCAAUGAAAGUGGUGUUGCGGGCAGCGGUAGUAGUGGCAUUAAAAAGAGUCAAACAUACAACAAUGAUCUAAAGGAAAAAGCAGACAAAUAUGAUGCUCAGCGCAAAAAUUCUGCACCCAUGCCGAUUUUCUCAAAACUCAGUUUUUCUUCCGGCUCAUCGUCUACAUCGGGCAGCAAUUCUAACACGAAAGGGGAAAACAAAAAAGAAAAGAAGCAUUCCAGUUCUCCAUUGUUUCACCGCACAGUUUUUGGUCAUCACAAUCAAGCACACACGCAGCAAAUCGUAUCGAUACCGUCAACACCUACAAGUACGACUUUUUUGGGGCGUGAUUACGAUCAAGAAAUCUUUGCUCAAGUCAUAUUUCCAAGCCAGCCUUCAAAUUAUCGCAAGCAAUCGAUUACUUCAUCGCUCUCAAACAACGCUAUCCUUUCUGCCCCAGAUACCACAGCUCCUCCUCCCCCAAUCAAAUCUUCCAACGCAAAUGUGAUAGAUUUUGCAGUGACGCCGCCAUCAAAUACUUCAUCGACGGCUACCACCGAAUAUCCAAAUAUGGAAUGUCCGCCAGUUUUUGAACCCGACAUUUAUUCACUUACCGAUCCAAAUGCCAGUUUGUUACUCAGACGUAACAACAAUAACAACACAAAUACUAGUAAUACCAUCACCAGCAACAACAAGUCACAGGGUAGUGAAAGUGAAAUGAAUUGAACAAGUCAAAAAUUUUCAAAAUUUUUGACGGUCUUUAAUUGAAAAUUUAUCUGUAAAUAUACUUAAUUAUUAUAUUCUUACAUAUAUACAUUAAUCCGCGUGAAUGUGAAUUCACAUUUGUGCGACAUACUCGAUUAAAAAUUAAAAAACAUUGCAUUUUUAUUUUCCUCUAAGGAAUACAUACAUAAUUAUUUUUUAACCUUUAAGAAGUUAAACUUUAAUUGAAUUUUACUAACUCAACUGCAAUCAUACCUUACCAUUUCGAAUAAAUGUAUUUUAGCGUAGUCGGAUAAGAAAGCACAUACAAUGUAUGCAUGUAAUUAAGCUAUCACAAUUUUAAAUAAGAAUUAAUAGUAAUUAUAAAGACUUGCACUUUAAUAGUCUUGAAUCGUUGCGGAUAGUAAAUAGUAUUUAUUUGAUAUUAUUCUAAUAUUUCUGCAAUUUUGCAUUCAUCAAAACAUUUAGUAAUAUACAAAUGCGAAAUAUUUUAUCAUUAUGUAUUUUCCUAGUUUUAGUUCACAUGUACGAUAUAUGAAAAUUA